AUGAAAUUAACUGUAUUUGUGCAGGACAACUGUAUUCUGCCAUAUGGUUCUAGCAGCUUGUAUUUAACAACUGACUCAAAAGGGCUAAUUUCUUGCCCUUCACAAGACUGUCAGAUAACGAAGAACAUAUCAAAUCUGAAAUGGUACAAGAGUGCAAAUUUUUCAUCUGUAACUUCCCCAAACCGAUAUUCUUUAAAAAUUAUUAAUAGCGUUAUCCAUCUUGACACAAUCUACACCUCUGAUGCUGGAGUCUACAUUUGUGAUUUUGAUGUUUAUCUUAAUGGCAGCAAAUGGAUCGUAAGAGCAAAUAUUAAACUUGAAGUUGGUUUACCAGACACACAAAAGCCUCCAGAAAUUUUGGGUCCAGCCAAUGAAACAGCAAUACCUGCAGAAAUUGGAAAACCCUUAAACCUAACUUGUAGAAUUCGAUUUCUAUAUGAAAGAUUUUUUAAUCCAGUUGUUAAAUGGACAAGUAUUUAUCCUAACUAUAAAGAAGAACUUUCUGGAGGAAAAGAACUUUGCCCACAUGCCACCAAUAUUGGUGAAAGGGAGUGCUUCUUAACAAUCAAUCUGGAUAAAGUAACUACGAAUGACCUUGAUGCAAAAUUUUACUGCUACGCUCAGAAUGCGGUGGGCAAUAUAACUACAGUGGUCACAUUGUCAUUAAAACAAAUAGACAUUGUAUUUUUGACAUAUGUAUUAUGUGGAUCUGUGCUGCUUCUGAUGAUCUUGCUGUUAGGGAGUGGAUUGGUAUACUUUUACUGGAUAGAAAUUGUUUUGCUUUACCGAAAUUACAUAUCAAAAGAUGAGACCGUUGGAGAUGAUAAAGACUUUGAUGCUUUUAUAUCAUAUGCACCACAAGUCUCAGAGUUGGACAUGGAGACUAAAAAAAGCUAUUGUGAUAGCUAUGAUGAAGAAAGAUUUGCAAUUCAAUUGCUACCAGAUGUGCUGGAAGGCAAAUAUAAUUACAAACUCUGCAUCCUGGAAAGAGACGUUGUACCAGGAGGAGCUUAUGUUGAAGACAUCGCCAAUAUCAUUAAGAGAAGCAGAAGAGCUAUUUUCAUCCUCUCUGAGAAGUAUAUUAUAAGUCCCAAAGUGUUUGAAUUAGAAGCAGCCAUUACUUGCUCACUGGAGGAACAGGAGGCUCUUAAACUGAUACUUAUUAAGUUCAAACCAUUUAAGGAGCCAGAGUCCUUGCCAAAUGUAGUGAGAAAGGCCCUCAGUGCUCUACCAAUGGUGACUUGGAAAGGGGAUUUAGAUAGUAAAUCUUCUGGCAAUUUAAAAUUCUGGAAUAGGAUCAGGUAUUACAUGCCAGUUAAAAAGGUCAAGAGAAAUGGAAAACUAUAACU